UUCGUGCUGUUUGUUGUCGCCAACGGGGAUUUUGCAGGCGUCGAUCCGAAUAGCCUACAAUGCGAUCCUCGGGGACAAAUAUUCCUGCUCCUUCCACAUUUUACGGAUUGUUCCAAGUUCUACAUGUGCACACAUGGUGAAGAAGUUGAGUUCACCUGUAGCGGUGGGCUUAUUUUUGACUUCGUUUUACAAACUUGUAACUGGUCUUGGGCCACAAAGUGCAAUCUCCGCACGCAACCGGAGGAAGAUGACAUCGAGGGAUCUGGAGAGGAGGAAUUUGAUUGGUUAAUGGACAAAUCCAACGAUGGCUCUGUUAAUGGUUUAACAGCAGAAACUAUCGUCAACAGCGUGAGGCCUUUGAGCAUCGAAACACCUGGAAAAAAGUCGAAUUUCAACACCGUAUUGAACUGUUACCGAGCUGAUUCCGCCGCGAGACUUGUUCCCUACAAAGGUGACUGCCAACGGUACUGGCGUUGCAUGAAUGGCGUACCACAAUCAGCAUACUGUUCAGAUGGAUUGUACUUCAACGAUAAAUCUCAACAGUGCGACUUUGAAGCAAACGUCAAAUGUGAGGUGGUAGGUGAAGACGAAUUAAAGAGCGAGUUUAUUGUUUACAAGUAGAAGGGAAGAUACUGAUACUAAAGGAUGGGAUUAUGAACUAGAAAAGACCGAGGCAUUAUUAAAUAAGAAAAUGCUCUAGGAAGAUUUUUAUAAUUUUUUUAACUGGCAAU